AAAUAGUAGAUCUUAUCUCACUAUUAAACCAGUAAACAGAAGCUUUUAUCUCACUAGUGUAAAGCCCUCCUCGUGUGAAGACCAGCGAGUCUACCUGUGAGUCCAUCAAGCAAGGACACCGACAAGGCACUUAAACCGUUCAUAAGAUACAGAUGCAAGACAAAACGCAACCCACAGAACCUACGGCCGCUUUGCACUUCAACACCUGCUCCACUCUCGUUCUCAGUGUGACUGUGAACAAAGCUGCCUUCAUUCCAUCUUUCGCCACACACCCUCAGCAUUCUGGCACUGACAGUGACAUGGAUAUGUCCUGAGGAUACAGCAACACCUGCUGCUCUCUCCAACAACUUCUCCUUCUCCCACACCCCUUGACAUACUGGUAGGGGUGGGGGAACAGGUUUGCUCAUUCAUAAUAACUAAUUCAUAAUAACUCAUAAUGACUUUUUCACCACAGGCUUCACUAUGUAACAAUACGUCUUUUGAAUUCCAUGCCAUUACUACAAUGCAACCCACAAAAUUACAUGUUGUUGACAUCUAUCGCCCUCCAGCUCAGCUGACAAGCUUUCUUGAGGAGUUGGAUGUCCUGCUGUCCUCCUUGCCAGAGGAUGGCAGGCCACUUGUGGUUCUUGGCGGUUUCAACAUACACCAAGACAAGCCCCAGGCCAUUGAACUGAAUACUCUUCUGGCCUCAUUUGACUUGGAAAGACUACACACCACAGCAACUCACAGAUCGGGCAACCAGUUGGGCCUAAUUUUUACAUGGAACUGUACCACCUCAAAUAUUCUUGUUACACCUUUACAUGUCUCUGAUCACUACUUUGUUCAAUUCAACAUGAUUCUCCCAUCCAUUGUAAAACCGACUCCACCUUUUUGUUCCUUUCGCCGUAACCUCCGUUUCCUCUCACCCUCUCGCCUUUCCACUGAUGUCUCUGCCUCUCUUCCCACAAUAAAUGUAUUUUCCAUGCUUGAUGUAAACACUGCCACAGACACACUUAACUCUACUUUAACAACCUGUCUAGACAACAUCUGUCCUCUCUCCUCUAGACCAGCACGGACUACACCACCCAGCCCCUGGCUGUCUGACGUCCUUCGUGAACAUCAGACUGAUCUCAGGGCAGCUGAGAGGAGAUGGCAGAAAUCUAAAGAUCCAGCCGAUCUAGAACAAGCUGCUGGAUGACAAUCAGUCAGGCUUCAAAAGUGGACACUCCACUGAGACUGCCCUGCUGUCUGUCACGGAGUCACUGAGACAGGCGAAAGCUGAAUCCAGAUCAUCCGUUCUGAU